UCUGGACUCGGACUCGGAGGUCUUCUCCUCCGGUCCGUCGACUCUUGUGGAUCAGUUUUGAAGACAUUGGUCGGCUCUCAGGUUUUUGUGCUGAGGCUGAAACACUGUGAUGCUUUCGUGUUCGGAAACGCCAUCAAACUCAGCGUCAGUCCGGCCGAUCCGUUGCCAGUGCAGCCAAGUCUGUUCAUCCUAAGUCCUCUACUGCCUGAGGGCCCGGGGGGCCCGGGGGGCCCGGGGGGCCGGGGGGGCCGGGAUGUCUGUCUGGCGGCUGGUUUCCGUCCACAGGAAGGUGAGAUGGUUCUGAAUUUGGCGGACAGGUCCGUCCCUCGGAGCACCAGCAGCGCCGCCCUGUUCCGAAGAGACCAAACCUUCUUCUUCGCUGGAUUCAGCAACGAGACGAUUCGCUCCUGUGAUCUGCUCAACACCACGGCCAGGAACCAGCAGAUCCCAUCAUCAGUCGACUCCUCUGACGACAGUCAACCGGUCGACUCCUCUGACGACAGUCAACCGGUCGACUCCUCUGACGACAGUCAACCGGAGAACGUCCGGCUCAACUCGUACCUGCUGCUGCUGAACGCAGCCCGAGUGGUUUUCACCAAGACCGUGGCCUUUAGCACCGUCCUCACUGUCAGAGCGCUGCUCCCUUCAGGACCCCAUCACGAUCACGAUCACUGAUCCAUAGAUGGAUUGAUGGAUUGAUGGAUCGAUUGAUUGAUUGAUUGAUGGAUCGAUUGAUUGAUUGAUGGAUUAAUGGAUCGAUUGAUUGAUGGAUGGAUUGAUUGAUUGAUUGAUGGAUUGUUUGAUGGAUGGA